AUGAUCGCCAUCUUACCCUUCACCGUACUGCUGGGCAGCUUUGCCGCCAGAGUUGCUGCUGACACCAGUUUUAUCACCCCUGGAGGAUCUGGUUCUUCGGGAUGGAAGAAUAACCCAACAUACGAUGUCGAUGAUAGCAUGAAUGUGGAAUGGAAUACGGACCUUGAAGAGACCAACCUAUUGCUCUGGCAGGAUUAUCCUCAGGCGGGUGGCGGCACUCAGUUCUUCGUCCAGCUGAAAGAAAACACAACAUCGACGAGUUUCAUCUGGACAGUCAACUUUGGCGGCUUCUCUACAGAAGUCGGUGACGACCGCGACGCUGUUUUCCACUACUCCCUCUUUAAGUCUGGCACAAACGACAUCGUCGCCAACUCAGCUGCGUUCAACGUCACUGUCCCCAAAGACGAGACGACAUCCGCCUCUCUUGCUUCAACAACUGCCCUCCCGAGCCCUUCUUCGACUGGUGCCCUCUCUGAGACAACGACGACCGACGCUGCGACCGAGACAACAACAGAGACUUCCUCAGACAAAGAUGAUGGCGGCCUCUCCACUGGUGCUGUUGCCGGCGUGGCGGUCGGCGCGACCAUCGGAGGCAUUGCCCUGCUCGCUGGUGUAGGCUUUCUUCUCUGGCGACAUUUCCGUAAAGGCAAAGGUGCUACAGCUGGAGGAUACGCGCCGCCCAGCGAGAUGCCUGUUGGUUCGCAGAACCAGCCUGUGCAUGAGUACUACAAACCUCCCACGCAGCAGGCUCCGGCUGAGAUGGCUGGUCAGCCCUGGGUUCACCCAUCCCAGAACGGAUACCAGGGACCUGGUGGUCUUCACGAGGCGCCUUAA